AUGGAGAGUCCCCAUUCGCUCUCUCCAUCUUCCUCCUCCUCUUAUUCCUCCGACGGCCUCACUUUCGACACGGAGGAGCCACGGACGCCGCUCGCCGUGCGCCGCGCCCUGCACCUCCUCAACUCCGGCGAGCCUCACCUCUGCCUUCAAGCCGCUCGCGACAUCCGUCGACUCACCAAGACGUCCCAACGUUGUCGGCGCCAGCUGUCCCAGGCUGUCGGUCCACUCGUUUCCAUGCUCCGAGUCGACUCGCCCGAGUCACACGAAUCCGCUCUCCUCGCCUUGCUUAACCUCGCCGUUAAAGACGAAAAGAAUAAAAUCAAUAUUGUGGAGGCUGGGGCAUUAGAACCGAUAAUUAGUUUCCUCAAGUCUCAAAAUCAAAAUCUGCAGGAGUCUGCAACUGCAUCUUUGCUCACACUAUCUGCCUCUUCAACCAAUAAACCAAUUAUAAGUGCUUGUGGCGCCAUUCCUCUUCUUGUGGAGAUCCUUGGAGAUGGAAGCCCCCAAGCUAAAGCUGAUGCAGUAAUGGCUCUCUCUAAUUUAUCAACACACACUACUAAUCUGAGCACCAUUCUUGAGACAAACCCAAUCCCUUUCAUAGUUGAUCUUCUUAAAUCCUGUAAAAAAUCCUCAAAAACAGCUGAAAAAUGCUGCGCUUUGAUAGAAUCCUUGGUGGAUUAUGAUGAGGGCAGAACUGCCUUGACAUCUGAAGAAGGCGGGGUUCUGGCAGUUGUGGAAGUUCUUGAAAGUGGCACUCUCCAAAGUAGGGAGCAUGCUGUUGGAGCACUGUUGACAAUGUGCCAAAGCGAUCGAUGUAAAUACAGGGAACCAAUUCUAAGAGAAGGUGUGAUUCCAGGACUUCUCGAGCUUACUGUUCAAGGGACACCUAAGUCUCAGUCAAAAGCACGCACCCUUUUGCAGUUACUGCGAGAGUCCCCUUAUCCGAGAUCUGAAAUUCAACCUGACACUCUUGAGAAUAUAGUAUGCAACAUCAUAUCUCAGAUUGAUGGGGAUGAUCAAUCUGGUAAAGCUAAGAAGAUGCUGGCUGAGAUGGUUCAAGUCAGCAUGGAACAAAGUCUGAGACAUUUACAACAAAGGGCUCUCGUGUGCACCCCAAGUGAUCUUCCUAUAGCUGGCUGUGCUUCUGAAGUUUCUUCAAAAUGA